AUGUGCCUGAGUGAAAGUUUACAUUUGCAUUUAACGGACUUUCCUACCAUGGGAGUGAAAAUGUUGCAGUGCUUCCCCUUCUACAGGCGAUGCAAGGAGCGGUGCAAGAGUAGACAGUGCCCCCCAGUGGCAGUUCCAAUUGAUGAGAUUAAGCCCCGGCUAUCGUCCACAACGUCCUGUGGCAGUGACGGUGAUGGAAGUCUGACAAGAGGAGCACAAAUAUAUUUCUCCACCAAAGCGCGGCUGUCCUUCAGGCAUCAGCUGGACAGCAACAUCAAUGCUGUGGACGCCACCUACUGA